AUGGCAGUGAGAGCAGGUAGGCAGAUGAGCUACCAGCAGCUAUUCCAUGUCAGUCCUGCAACCGGUGAAUACCAGUACUGCGGAGAACAAGAUUUCCUUAGAGUCCUUGACAGUGAAUAUCAUGCCUUGGAGGAAGACACAAGUGGCUGUAGAAGCCAGUACAUUAUCAUUUCGAAUGUUGACGAGCAAACAUUUUCAGAGACUUUUUCUCAUCCAUGCAAAAAGCUCUUCACCAGUUCAUUUUUCGAGUAUAUUCCAGGUCUUGCUCUACUUCUUGUCAGGAUGACUUCAGCAGCUCAUGAGCAAGGGUACAACGCCCUCCAUUCUAUGAUCACCCGCAAGUGUGCGUUUAUGAACGGGCUAGACUUGCAGCUAAGUGUGAUGGGCCACGUCGCGAUUACAUCGAACGGGCGCACGAAGAAAGCCGACCAGACGUACCGUCCCGUCGUCGUUCCGCAACCACGUUCUGACCACUGGCCUACAGUGGUGAUACAAUGCGCGUACUCUCAGCCAAGGUCAAAGCUCGCGAAUGACGCCCGCUGGUGGUUGCUGGAAGCAGGUGGUGACGUGAAAACUGUUCUUACCAUUCUUGUUCACCAAACAAGAAGAGAAGUCGUCGAAAAAUGGGAAUUGAUCCCGCGGGAGACAAGACAGGGUCAAAACAAGAAGGUCCCUGAAAUAACCCGGCGGGUUGUUAUGUCCCAGAAGACAGACAACGAUCCCAUUCGCGUGACUGGAUACCCUCUAACUCUACCUUUCGAGCACUUGUUCCUUCGGCCCGCCAAUCCUGGCGAAGGGGACAUUGUCCUGGAUGAAUCGGAUCUGGAAACCAUCGCUACAUUAACCUGGAGGGAUCGCCUGAAUAUCACUUAUCUUCGCUAUGGGAUGGGAAGCGAGCGACGACUGAAAAUGUAUUACAUUGCGCAAUUGAAUGGAAGGGAAGAAUAG